AAAUAGGUCUUCUCAAAAUUGCAUUUAGUUUGCCAUAUCAACAAAGCACAACCAGUAAAGAGGAAUAUGUUAUAAACAGAGGCCGCUGGAUAUAAAUUGUUUUCAUUUCCAAUUGAAUCUGUCGAGGAGUUGUCUGCCCGUAGAGGUGCUCGUGAGGACCACAGGUCGAGGCAGACGCGAGAGUUCCUGGCAUGGUUCACUGGGUGCGUUACUGCUGAGUCGUGUCGUCUGCUGUAGCUAGGAGGUGGAACUGUCAUGUCACGUCGCAAGCAGGCAAGGCCAAAGUCCUGUAAAUCUGAAGAGCCAGUCGAUGAGAGCCAUGGAAUGCUGCGGGACACAUACUCGCAGGAAGGAACAGCUCAGGACAAAAUUGACGUUCUAGCACGUGUGGCAAGCGGCCAGGAUGAGCAGGUUGACCACAACUCCAACAAACCUGCUGACGUGGCAGACACUCCCCCGCCUGAACAAGACGUGUCGUCUGCUGACUGUGUUGACGUGAAGCCUGACGCCGACCUCGUGUCCAAAGCGCAGGUGAUGAAGUGCGAGGCUUGUCAUGCGCAGUUCCACAGCCUGGAUCAGUUCAUGGACCACAGGAACCUGGACUGUUGUCUGGACACAGACACGAAGAGCAACUGGCUGCUGAGUGAGACCAACUCGACCAGGUCCGCCUCCCCGUCCUCCCAGUCCACCUCUUCUGUUGACGCCGGUGGGGGUGGCGCCACUGACCUCGACUGUCCCGAACUGGACGGACUGGACCCCAAGAGCGUCCCCUUUGUUAUCGGGGUCACUGACGAGAACCCCCACAACUGCCAGUUCUGUGAGAAGGCGUUUUCCAAGAAAGUCUUUUUAAAACUUCACCAGCAGACUCACACGGCGCACAUGCCCUACAAAUGCCGACACUGUCCCAGGCUAUUUCGGCACAAGAAGAGUCGAGAAAGACACGAAAAGCUGCAUUCAUCAGACCGGAAGUACAAGUGCCAGACGUGUGGGGUAGGAUACUCAAGGAGUGACCACCUGAGAAACCACAUCAAAAGCCACGACCUGAUGGAGAAUGAUGAAGGCUACAAGUGUCCAGUUUGUCAACAAAAUUACAUGUCUGCCUCAGCGCUCACCAACCACCUGAAGACACAUAAACACAAGUACCCAAGCCCAGAGGUGAGUGAGCCGCAUGUGUGCAGUGAGUGCAGCCAGACCUUCAGCAAGAACGAGGACCUUCAGGACCACCUGCUCACACACACCACACCGGUCAGCAUCAAGAUGGAAAAAUUUAUUUGUGAUAUUUGUCAGGAGAUUUUUUUCACACAGGGUCAUCUGAAUGGCCACCAUGAGCAAUGCCACAGUCUAGAGCUGGACAUGAAGUGUCCAGUCUGUUUUCUCAGCUUCUCCGACAUGAACCAGGUGUGUCAGCACCUCAUGACCCACAGCUCUACGGGGGGUCAAGCCGAGGGGGAGGACACCAGCGACUCUGGCAUCAUGAGAGGUCUCCUGAUGGACAAAAGCCCAAACAACAAUGACAGCUCCGCAGUGACUGAGCCCAACCGUCCCAUGACCCUCCCCACUGUCAGCUCCACUACAUCCCCAGGUGUCAGCACUGGUGUUGUGGACGUGCUGGUGUGCCCCUACUGUCUGACCGAUGGAUUUGAGACACUGGAGAGCCUUGAGCUGCACAUGACUAGUGUCCACAGUGUCAAACCUACAGAGGUGUACACAUGCAACUACUGUAACGCACCAUAUCCAAACCUCUACAGUUUACAUGAUCACAUGACCGUGGUCCAUCGCAGCCAGCACGGCCUAGAUAUCACCUACCCUUGCAGUAUGUGUGUGCAGAGGUUCCACAGCCUGGACGCGCUGGCCAAACACAAGGGCAUUGUACACGCACAGCAACGCUCCACUGGCAUUGAUGCAGCUUUUUGUAACAGAUGCAACAUGACCCUGGCAAGUCCAAGUUCCCUUGAAGACCACAUGGCCAAUGUACAUAAUAUAAUCAUGGAUAAAGGCCACAAGCUAGUCAGGUCAAAAAAUAAAAAAUCUGGAUUGAAAGCAAACAAGGAAAAGGACCAAAAAUCUUCUGGACUUAUCAACACAUCUAAAGCUGGACAAAACAGUCAGAUGACAACAGAUACCAUUUUAUCUUCUUCAUUGCUGAUGUCAUCCAUGUUAAAUCAAGAAGGGCAGAUCACUCCUAAAUCUAGCAAAACUCAGCUUGUGAGGAAACCAGUCCAAGAAAGUUUAUAUACAAAUCAGAGGCUGUUGUCUGCAAGUCUAACAUGCGACCAGUGUAACGCAACCUUCCAUGAUGCCCAGAACUUUAUUGCUCACAUGAAACUGCACUCGGAGAGUCUCCUCAACAUGGCCUUAGGCCGCGCUUCAAACAGUGAAAAAAAAUACAGGGACACAGGAGAUAGUGAAAUCAGGGGAAAUAACCUCUCAAAUCAAAACCUGCCGGGCCCAGCGAAACAACACGACUGUUUCAAGUGUGGUGCCAGCUUCAGCAGUGAGGAGCACCUGGAGGCCCACGCCUCCCUGCACUACCUGUGUGUCAGCACGGAGUACGGCUGCAGCAGCUGCGCCAAAAACUUCUCCAAGCCUGACGAGCUACAGAAGCACCUCAUGGACAUCCACGCCCACCACCUGUACCGCUGCUCUCUGUGCAAGGACAUUUUUGAUUCCAAGGUCAACAUACAGGUUCACUUUGCCAUCAAACACAGCAACGAGUGCAAGCAAUACAAAUGUGUGUCAUGUGACAUCAUGUUCAGGUCAGAGAUGGAGUGGCAAGUUCAUGUCAGGGUCAACCAUCUCCACAUGUCAAGGCCGUACCGCUGUUUGUUUUGCCAGGAGUCGUUCACAAGCGAGGUUGAACUUCAGUGCCACCUGACCACACACAGCAAACAGUUCAACUGCCCCAUGUGUGACCAGGCAUUCCAUAUUGAAUAUUUGCUGGACCAGCACAUGCAGACUAGACAUGGGGACACCAAGCCUGAACUAGGGGAGAAAAGCUCCACAAAUUCACUCAAGUCUCCACUUCAGUCAAGUUCCUCGUCCCCAUUCAAAAGUCUAACCAUCAAGCAAGAAAAAGAAGAGACAACCAACCCGUUUGCCAACCCCAUCCUGUCAUCGCUGUCAUCCUCUACUGCAUCCUCCUCCUCCUCUUGCUCGCCUCGCAUCAUCCUCAAGUCACCAGUUGCCCCCUCCCCCAUGAAGCAGCCCCGCCUGACCAGUCCACUGACCCCCUCCAUCUCCCCCGCCCCUGUGGUCUCAUCACUGGGGACGCCAUCAUCCACCAUCUGGAAGAACACGGAGCCCCUGCACAUGUGUAACAUCUGCGACAUCAAGUUCUGUGACCUGGCUCUGCUCAACCUGCACAAGGCACAGGACCACGGGCUGAAGGCAGCGCUCAAAUCUGGCCUGCCUGACCUCUCACUCAAGACAGAGCAUGACAAAUUGCUCCUGAACAACCAGACUCUGUUGUCUGCGCUAACGAGCCCCGCCUCCCCUGUGACCCUGGCCCAGUCCCCCCUGCACCAGCCCCAGCUCUCCUGCAUGUUCUGCAGUCAGACCUUCAAGACCAGCAUCGAGUACAACAAGCACAUGAAGAUCCACGUCAACUCAGGCAACCUGACCUGUAGCAUCUGUGAUGAAACUUUCACAUCUGCCAGCGUUUUGGCUGAGCACAAGUUGACACACUGCAAGAUCCAGCAGGGCAACACGUGUGUAGUGUGUAGAGUCACGCUGAAUAAUCAAGAACAGUUCUACUUACACGCACAGGAACACGGAUUUGAAGGGUCCUUGCUGCAGUGUGUUGUUUGUCGACAGACACUGUCAUCACUUGUGGAGCUGCAGAUGCAUGGCAGACAUCACUUCCAAACCAGGCCAGCAUUUUUCACCUGCUGUGUGUGUCUGAAAAGUUUUGAGUCCAAGGAAAACUUGGUCUCCAAGCUCAACUCCAGUGGACGGACGUAUUACGUGUGCAAGCCUUGUUACCAUGGUGAAGCCCCACUACACACCUGCUCGCAGUGUAGCGAGAAGUUUGCCACAGCCCAGCUUCUGGAGACCCACAUGCAGACCCACAAGGCAACGUUCCAGUGCAUCAAGUGCCAGCAGUCAUUCUCCUCAGAGUACGAGAUCCAGCUACACGUCACCUCGCACAUGUUGAAUGAAGGAACCCAGCACGAGUGCAGGCUGUGUGGGGUUGUGUGUGACUCACCCGCACGGCUGCAGACACAUCUCAUACAGCACAGUUUUGCUGGGAAAGAGAUUGUCUGCUUCGUGUGCAAUAAAGUUUUUGAAUCGCCCCAAGAAAUUCAGGUCCACGCCUUGGAGCACGGCGCAUCUUUUAGAAAAUAUGGCUGCCCUCAGUGCUCACAGAAGUUUUUCUUCACAGCUGAACUAGACAACCACAAGCUGAUCUACAGCCACGGGAUGGUGUCCCCCUCCAUCAACACACCAUCACUGUCACCCUCAUCCUCCGCGUUGUUCUCUUCAUCUGCUGCUCUAUCUAUGGCAACUCUUGCAUCAUUUUUGUCCACAUCACCACUGAUGAAACCACAGGACGUGACCUCCUCACCUUUAGCGCUAGCCAACAAAAAACUUUAUGAAAACUUUUCACUGCCAUCCUUGACCUCUGGGUAUGAAUUGCCCAGUUGCUCUGGGUCAGCAGUCAAAGGUCAGGAGACUCUGACAGUUCCCAGUGUACCCUCAUCGUCCACCACGGCCAAUGGCCUUCAGUGUCCAGAGUGCUUGAAAUAUUUCUCCACUGGCACUGCUCUGGCCAACCACAGGAAAACACACUGGAAGAAAGAUGCCACCAGCUCAAUCAGAUGUUCCCUGUGCUCCCAAGUCUUUGACUCAGCCACAAGCAUGCAGCAGCACUUCUUCACAGUCCACUCCACCAGAGAGGAGGAGCAGAGAAAAAAGAAGAGCUUCAAGUGCAUGAUGUGUGAGAAAGAGUGCUCUACCCUGAGUGCCCUACAAAACCACAUUUUGUCUCACAGAACAGGCAGUUCUCUCCCCUGCCCUGUCUGCAAGAAAACCUUCACAUCCCAGAGGUAUUUAAAUCUUCACAUGAGGGUGCACAAGUUAACUGACAAUAAAACACAAGAACCAUCAACAAGUGCCCAGAGUCCAGUAGAUUCAGAAGAUCAGACAGACACAAAAGAAAAUUCUUCCUCAGACUUGCUGUGCCCUAUAUGUAGUCAAAGUUUUAUAUCAACCCAGGAAAUAGAUAAUCAUAUCAAGACUCAUGAGGAGGUAUUCACUACCCUGGGUAAUGCACACGAAGCUAUGGACUUCUCUGAGCCAGGAGUGGAUGAAAGUGAUCGCACUUUAAUGGAGGUAGAGGACAGAUGAUGCAAGUUUUACUUUUAAACAAGUUAAAUAGUGAAUUGAACUGAUGAUAUUAUUUAAAUGCAAGUUUCAACUUUUGAGAAGCUUCUUACAUAGAUGUCACACACAUUUUUAUUUUUGUUGAGUUAAUAAAUUAAGCAUUUUUUAUCUGAUGUAAAGUAAAACCUGUAUUUAGAUCUUACAUGAAAUUAAUUGGUGUAUGUUAUAGCAUUUGUUGGAGUUUUAAAUAAAUUUGUGAUGUAAUAAAAAGAUCUCUUCAAACAUUUGUUGGAAUUAAAAGUAAAAAGUUGGUGUUAACAUUAAUACAAAUAUAUUUUAAUUUAAGCUUGUUAUUAAAAAGGUUAUUUUUAGAGUUCAUAUUACACUUGCUAGCAUUUAACCAUUUUAAAAUGGGAAAUAAGCAUUUCACUUUUAAUAGCAAUAACUCUUAAGUCAACCCAUCCUUACUAAAACUAUCUGUAAACCUGAUCCAAAAAGAAAUUUAAUAUAUUGCUGGAAUAGUUUGUUGACUAGAAAGUGAAUGCUGCUCUUCUGAACAGAAUUACUUACAAGUAUUAUUUCCCUUUCAUGAUUGUGAACAACCAUAAAAACACCAGCCCACAAAACCCAUCACCAGUUAUACCCCUUGAAAUUACAUUAAACUCAUUCUUGAUGAUUAAUUCGAUAUCUAAUUAAACUGAAAUUUAGAUUUACUUCUAUUAUAAUCAAAAAUGUAAAUGCAAAGUUAAAAAGUAAUUUUCCUGUGGGAAUUGGGGCCAAAAUAGAACUAUAAAAUUUGAAAAUAGCCCACCCCAAAAACACACCCUUGUGACUUCAUGCGAAACCGUUUGUUAGGUGUUUAAAGCUAAACAUUUGACGAGUGUUUAAAGCUA